GACACAAUGGUGGGGGUGACGGAAGAAUGCUCCGGAAGAGCUGGCCCUGAGACAAGGCAUGGGUAGGAGUUGGGGAUGGGAAGGAAUCCUUUAUUGGAGGCUCCGGACAGAAACCUGCCCACCCCCACUGGCCAGUCGGGCUUCCCGAAAGCACCUUGGAGCAGAAUUCAGGGCCGAAUUGGGAUGAGGCUCAUGGUCCCUGUAAGUCCAAAGGUGUCUGGGUCAGUCAUUCACUGGGCUCUGCUACUGGGUCAACAAAGCAGCUUCCUGGCUGCCCUGCCACCAGAGCUGAACUCUCGGGGCCUUUGGGUAGGACCUGGACGGCUUGAGGAAGGCUGGAGGAAAUGAACAACAGGAUCAUGACACUGCUCCAGGGGCUCCUGGUACUCAGCUUAUCCUGUCUGCAAAUCCCCUGCUCCACGCAGAUCUCUCCUGUGGGUGCCAUGGAUCUCCCGAGCCAGCAGCCAGUGAGCGAGCAGGCCCAGCAGAAGCUGACCCCGCUUGCCCUCCUCAAGUUAGCCAACCAGGGUGUUGGUGACCAUGCCCCCCUGAAGAGGUCCCUGGGAGACUGCAAGAGUACCCCAACUGCAGAGGAGAGUCGCUGGCUGGCUCAGGCCAUGAUGGCUUUUACCACUGACCUGUUCUCCUCGGUGGCCCAAACAUCCACCAGCUCCAACCUUGUCCUGUCACCCCUUAGUGUGGCCCUAGCCCUCGCUCACCUAGCACUAGGUGCUCAGAACCAAACACUGCAGAGCUUGCAUCGAGUGUUGCAUGUGGACACAGGGUCCUGCCUUCCCCAUCUACUGAGCCACCUCAGCCAGAACCUAGGCCCCGGGACAAUCCGACUGGCUGCCAGAAUAUACCUGCAGAAAGGAUUUCCCAUCAAGGAUAGUUUCCUGGAGCAAUCAGAAAAGCUCUUUGGUGCAAAGCCUGUGAAACUGACUGGAAGGCAGGAGGAAGACCUGAUGAACAUCAACCAAUGGGUGAAGAAGGCCACGGAGGGGAAGAUUGAGGAUUUCCUCUCUGAGCUGCCAGACAAUACUGUGUUGCUUCUCCUCAAUGCCAUCCACUUUCACGGUUUCUGGAGAACCAUGUUUGACUCGAGCCUCACCCAGAAAGACUCCUUCUACCUGGAUGAGCAGUUCAUGGUGCCUGUGGACAUGAUGCACGCACAGUCCUACCCUCUGCGAUGGUUCCUGCUGGAGCAACCUGAGAUACAGGUGGCUCAUUUCCCCUUCAAGAACAACAUGAGCUUUGUGGUCAUGAUGCCCACUCAUUUUAAGUGGAACGUGUCUCAAGUACUAGCCAACCUGAGCUGGGAUACGCUAUACCAGCCCUCUCUGCGGGAGAAGCCCACCAAGGUGCAGCUGCCUAAACUCCAUCUGAAGCAGCAGCUGGACCUAGUGGCCACCCUCAGCCAGCUGGGCCUACAGGAAUUGUUUCAGGGCCCAGACCUGCGUGGGAUCUCUGACCAGAGUCUGGUGGUGUCUGGCGUGCAGCACCAGUCAACCAUGGAACUCAGUGAGGCUGGCGUGGAGGCGGCCGCAGCCACCAGCACAGCCAUGACUCGGAUGUCCAUCUCCUCCUUCACUGUGAACCGACCCUUCCUCUUCUUCAUCAUGGACGACACCGUAGGCAUGCCCCUUUUUGUGGGCAGCGUGAGGAACCCCAACCCCACCGCACAGGCCCAGCUCCGGGAACAGCAGGAUUCCCCUGACAACAGGGUCGUCCGGAAAGACAAGGCCGACUUACAUGGAGACAAGACCUUCGGCCCUGACUUGAAACUUGCACCCCGCUUGGAGGAGGACUACCCCCAGUUUAGUGACCCCAAGUGAGGGGUUCAUGGGCAGCAGCACCCUGAGUCCCCACCUGGAUCAGCUUCUCAACUCUUGUGACUCUUUCCAACCAGCUUGUGGGGUAGGGUGGGGCCUGGGGAGAUGGUCUCCAGGGACAGGAGCAGUUCUUAGAGCAGCUCCGGGAUAGGAGGUGGGGCGGGGCCUGGAGGGAGGCAGGCACAGGGAGUCUUCUUUUCUUCCAGAGGGACUCAGGGGUGACCUUGUGUGGGCUGGACACUUAUGGAUGGAUACAGUUUUGGCUAGUGGUAGGUUAAACAAGACCCUAAUAUAGGUAGUUGGGGUCCCUUCACAUUUGUAAGCGGAGGCUGGAGAGGCCCUCUU